AUGCGAAUAUUACGCCGCCCGGCGCUUGCGGCCUCAUGGGCGUCUCCUCCCUCACCUCAGCUGCGCAUAGUGCUUAUCUCGUCGCGGGGCCCCGGCCGCGCGCUCGCACUCACGACGCUCGCAGAGGAGCGCAGCGCUGGCGACAGUGGUGCCGCGCAGAAUAACGACGAUUCGAUACACGGCGAGCAACAGCAUACGAGACACCCGCAGUCGCCGCGGCUUCCCUUUCGAUUCGAGACGGGCAUCGGCGUAUUUGCGAAGCGCCCGCCACGGCCUUUUCCGCCUCCUUUUUCUUCACGUCCGUCAGUUUCAUUUUCUGAUCCUCUUAGCACGCACCGUGCCAUUGUCGAUGGCGAAGAGAUCCGCGGCCUCACCAACGGCGACGAUGCCGUCUACGCCAGCGACUUUUUCAUCUGCGCCAACGACGGCGUGGGGGCCUGGGCGACUCGACCACGCGGUCACGCUGGGCUAUGGGCUCGGCUGAUUCUCCAUUUCUGGGCGUCCGCGAUAGAGGAGGAGCUGAAUCGCGUGGCGACCGGCAGCGUGGACGGCGAGGCGGAUACGGAGCCGCACCCUGUCGCCUGCCUCUCUGCGGCGUAUAAAAAGACACUCGAAGCGACGAGCGCGCACGACUGGCAGGGCACGACGACAGCAUGCGGCGCGCAGCUGCACUAUACGACACCGCUCGGCAGCAGCGGCCCGCCCGUACCGCUUCUGUACGUCACCAACCUCGGCGACUGCCAGGUCAUGGUGGUGCGCCCGCGCGACAAGUCGGUCGUCUUCAAGACGCGCGAGCAGUGGCACUGGUUCGACUGCCCGCGGCAGCUCGGCACCAACAGCCCCGACACGCCCGAGGGCAACGCCGUCGUCGACCGCGUCGAGCUACAGGUCGGCGACGUGGUGCUUGCCAUGAGCGACGGUGUCAUUGAUAAUCUGUGGAGCCACGAGAUUGUCGAGAUUGUAACGACGAGCAUUGAUGGCUGGGAAAAGGCCGAGCUCAAGACAACGACAGCGACGGCCACGCAGCGAAGAGGCCGAAACGGCGGGAUGCGCAAGGCCGCGCAGGAUCUCGUUUCCGCGGCGAGGAACAUUGCGUCGGAUCCGUAUGCGCAGAGCCCAUUUAUGGAGCACGCCAUUGAAGAGGGCCUUGCCAGCGAAGGAGGCAAGAUGGAUGACAUCAGCGUAGUCGCUGCUCUCUGUGUUGAAAACAGCGAGGAGCCAUGA